GCAUUUGGGUUACUGAUUAGCCUCAGAGUUCCUGCUUUAUAAAACACCUGAAGCAACAAAAACACUUCCAUAACUUCCAUUCCAUCUUCCUCUUAUCUCACGUUCCCAAUGGACCCAAUCCCUUUUCCUAAACAAAAUUUGGAGACAUUCCCAUGUCGAUUUGAUCUCCCAAUCCUCUUCAUUCUUCAAAAUCUCUCCAAACCCUAGAUUACUGCUUUCUUCUCCCGUUCUCUCUCUCUCUCUCUCCCCUCCUCCCCCCCCGGCCCCCGGAUGGACACGCUCAUAGACGCCUACCGCGACGACGACGAAGACGACGAAGAAUUCGCCGCCGCCACCACGACCACCUCCACGUCCGCCACCAACAAUGGCUCCGACGACCCUCUUCUGUUGGCGGACGCCGCUGCUACGACCGCCGCUGCGGCCAAACCCCAGAAUGGCAUUAAAGAUGAGCUAUUUGCCUCGGACGAUUUAUCUGAAGACGAAGCCUCCGACGAUGACGAAGAACGGAAGCCCCUGAAACCCCUGGAGAUGGAAGAAGAUGCGGAGAAGUCAUUCAAGACCAGAAAAGUCUCCUUAGAGGACGAAGACGAAGAACCGCCACCGAAGAAACAGAAGCCCCUUUCUUCAUUGACCGCACGAACUCCUCUGACCAACCUGCCAUCUGAAAAAGCUGCGGCAGGAGAAGCGAACGGGAGCUUGCGUACAGCAUUGGCUACAGCGGCGACGAUUGUGACCACUACUGUUAAGAAGGCGAAGAAGAAGAACAGCAAUGUGUGGACGAAAUCAACGUCCAGGAAAGGGAAGAAGAAGAGCAAACCUAAUAACAACAAUGUGCCGGCGGAGGACACUGUUCUGAUUACGCCGGUGCCGAGAUUCCCGGAUAAAAAUGACGACACUUCAGAUAUGAAAAUAUGCCUUUCAAAGGUGUACAAGGCGGAGAGAGUGGAGUUGAGUGAGGAUCGAAUGAGUGCCGGGAGUACGAAAGGGUAUAGAAUGGUGAGAGCUACGAGAGGUGUUACGGAGGGGGCAUGGUACUUUGAAAUCAAGGUGGUGAAGCUGGGGGAGACAGGACACACGAGGCUGGGAUGGUCGACAGAGAAGGGGGACUUGCAGGCCCCAGUAGGGUAUGAUGGGAACAGUUUUGGGUAUAGGGACAUUGAUGGUUGCAGAAUUCAUAAGGCUAUGAGGGAGAAGUAUGGGUAUGAGGGUUAUGUGGAGGGUGAUGUUAUUGGGUUUUAUAUUAAUUUGCCAGAGGGAAAUUUGUAUGCGCCAAAACCACCUCAUUUGGUUUGGUAUAAGGGGCAGAGAUAUGUUUGUGCCCCAGAUGCGAAGGAGGAUCCACCGAAAAUAAUACCUGGAAAUAUAAGGGGCUUGUCUGAAUUUGCCCUUAAUCGAGGUGGUGAAGAGCAAGAUGAUGAAGUGAGCUGCAGAAUUUGAUCAAAUCUAAAUGGGAGUCGCUGAGGAUGUGAACCAAGCCAUCAAGAGACAAUCAGCCUCUGAACGAAUCAAAGGCUGGCUGUGAACCAGUGGCGUAGACCAAUCAGCAGGCCAGUGCCUGAACCAACAGCCUACAUCUAUUGUGACCGUGGACUGAUCAACAAUUUUGGGACCGACCAACCAACAACCCUCAUAAACCAUGACCUGACCAAUCAAUGACCUAGGUGUGGAUCAAUUGACAGCCCGGGCAUGGAUCAAUUGACAGCCCGGGCAUACAACCCAAUGAAUCAUGAUCAUGAAUCUAUUGUUUGAGUACGAACCAACCAAUGGCUCGGGGUGUGAACCAACCACCCUCAAUUAUUUUAUUUCAAUUAAGUUGUGUUUGGAAGUAUAGAUUUUAAAUCUUAUAUUUGAAUUUGGAUAAAUUUUAAUAUAAUUUUAUAUUUUAUUGUUUGA